UGCUACCCACAUGACUUCAGUGUAUGGAACCCCAAGUCCUAGUUCAGGGUCCCACUGCUGCUCAUUACUGGGCGGCAGUCCAGAGACGGGCCCAGUGGCCGCGUCUGGACAACACUGCCCGCGAUGCUGCUGCUGUGGGUGUCGGUGGUCGCAGCGUCGGCGCUGGCGGCGCCGGCUCCCGGAACACGAGAGCAGAAGCUGCAAGUGGCCCAGGCACCCAACGUAGUGCUUGUUGCCAGUGACUCCUUCGAUGGAAGACUAACAUUUCAACCAGGAAGUCAGGUGGUAAAACUUCCCUUUAUCAACUUCAUGAAAGCGCAUGGCACCACCUUCCUGAAUGCCUACACUAACGCUCCCAUCUGCUGUCCAUCUCGUGCAGCAAUGUGGAGUGGCCUCUUCACUCACUUAACAGAAUCUUGGAAUAAUUUUAAGGGUCUCGAUCCAAAUUACACAACAUGGAUGGAUGUCAUGGAGAAGCAUGGCUAUCAGACUCAAAAAUUUGGAAAACUGGACUAUACUUCAGGACAUCAUUCCGUUAGCAAUCGCGUGGAAGCCUGGACAAGGGAUGUUGCAUUCUUGCUCAGACAAGAAGGCAGGCCUGUGGUUAAUCUUAUCCCUGAUAAGAAUAGAAGGAGAGUGAUGGAAAGAGACUGGCAGAAUACAGACAGAGCGAUCGACUGGCUAAGACAGGAAGCCAUCAACUACUCCAGACCAUUUGUCCUUUACUUGGGAUUGAAUUUACCACACCCCUACCCUUCCCCUUCUUCAGGAGAAAACUUUGGCUCCUCUACAUUUCACACAUCUCUUUAUUGGCUUGCAAAGGUAGCCUAUGAUGCCAUCAAAAUCCCAAAGUGGUCAGCUUUGUCAGAAAUGCACCCUGUGGACUAUUACUCUUCCUAUACAAAAAACUGCACAGGGAACUUUACCGAAAUGGAAAUUAAGAACAUUAGAGCAUUUUAUUAUGCUAUGUGUGCUGAGACAGAUGCUAUGCUAGGUGAAAUUAUUUUGGCUCUUCGCAAGCUAGAUCUUCUUCAGAAAACAAUUGUUAUAUAUACUUCAGACCAUGGAGAGAUGGCCAUGGAACACCGCCAGUUUUAUAAAAUGAGUAUGUAUGAAGCUAGUGCUCAUGUUCCACUGUUGAUGAUGGGACCAGGAAUUAAGGUCAACCUACAAGUGCCAAAUUUUGUUUCUCUUGUGGAUAUCUACCCUACAAUGCUGGAUAUUGCUGGGCUUGCUCUGCCUCAGACCCUCAGUGGGUACUCUUUGUUGGGGCUCUCAUCAGAGGCUUCUGCAAAUGAGCAGACAUUCAAAAUCCACCGUCCGCCUUGGAUUCUAAGUGAAUUCCAUGGAUGCAACGUGAACGCCUCCACCUACAUGCUACGGACCGGCCAGUGGAAGUACAUAGCCUACUCGGACGGUGCUUCCGUGCAGCCCCAACUCUUUGAUCUUUCCUCAGAUCCAGAUGAGCUAACAAAUAUUGCUACAGAAUUUCCAGAAAUUACUUAUUCUUUGGACCAGAAGCUUCGUUCUAUUAUAAACUACCCUAAAGUGUCUGCUUCUGUCCAUCAGUACAAUAGAGAGCAGUUUAUCAUGUGGAAACAGAGCAUAGGGCAAAAUUACUCAGCUGUUAUAGCCCACCUUAGGUGGCAUCAGGAUUGGCAGAAAGCACCAUGGAAGUACGAAAAGGCCAUCCACCAGUGGCUCACAGCCCACUCUUCUUCAGGAGCUGUGUCAAGAUACAUGUGAAUGUGUUGAUAAGUAUUAAACUGAAACAGCCUUAGUAAUCGCUAAUUUUACCUUCUUUUAAAAUAACGUAUUAUAUCUUAAGUGCCAAUGAUUACAGAACUACAUAUUUUCAAAACUGGUUACUACUAAGACCUUAUUGUUGCAGACCUCUGAUGGUUCAAUAGCAGAGGUAUUUAAAGGAGAGGAGCACGCAUUCUUGUUGUUUCUUUGGAUAAUAUAGAACAUAAAAUAUUUUAACAACUGUUGGUUAUUAUGAAUCAUGAUGUUUCAUAACUUACUUAUUUUUUAUGUAUUUUUUUAAUAUAUUUGAUGUGUUAGAACUGAUAAAUGGGACACAGACUCUGGACAUAACUGGUUUUAUUUCUUUUGUUUAAAAAAAAUGUGCAAAAGGUAAAGCUUCAAAAGGUAGACCAUGAAACCCCUUCCUUUCCCAGUCGCUCCCUCCAAAGGCAACUGCAGCCACCGCGUUUGUGUCCUUUUGUAGACAAGCUGUACAUUUGCACACCGAAGUGAACAUGUCUUUACACCGCAUGCGGGCGCACACACAAUUGGUAAUAUGCUAUUAUUAUAUAUUAUAAAUAUGCACUAUUUAUUUUUGCAUAUUGUGCUCUGGCUUACUUAUUUUUUAUUGGCAAUUAAAAUAGAUGCUGAGAAGUGAAAUUGCUGGGUCAAGAAUCUGUAGAAUUUGCAUAGAUUUUCCCAAGUUGUUUCUAAAGAAGUUCUAGUAAUUGGCAUUCUCAUCAGAAAUGCAUGCCUGCCAUCUCAGCCCAAUAAAUAACAAAUAUUUUACCUUUAUUUAUUGUGAGUACUGACAUUUUUUAUAGAUCCAAUAGCCAUCAGAAUUUGCAUCAGGAUGACUUUCCCUAUGUCUGUUAUUGGCCAUUUUCUUUAUUAGUUGUCAGCCUGCUUUUCCAUUGCAUGCAUGCUUUAGAUAUUAGCCUUUUAAAAAAUAAAAGGGAAAGAAGGGCUGGAGAGAUGGCUCAGGGGUUAGAGCACUUCCUACUCAACUAGAGGACUCAGAUUCAAUUACUGGUAUACACAUGGUGCCUCACAACGGUCUGUAACUCCAGUUCAGGGAAGCCAAUGGCCUUUUCUGGCCAUCAAGGGCACCAGGCACACAUGUAGUGCCCAGACAUAAAUGCAGGCAAAGCAUCCAUGCACAUAAAAUUAUAAAAAUAAUUAAAAACACAUUUUUUAAAAUACUGGAAAUAAUAUUUUCUUUGUAGUUUGUCUUUUGAUAUUGACCUGGAAUUUUUUUACAUGUAGAAAUUUGUACUUUCUUGUAACAUAUUUACAAAUCUUUGUACCAAAUAAAUAUUAUGAUUUUUAAAUUAAAA